UGUUCCCGGAGGCUGAACCAUUCAUUCGGUUUUCUUGCUGGAAAAGUUUAAACCCUACUCAACAAACUACAUAAAACCCUACAACCUUAAUCAAUUCAUUUUUCUCAUCGCAAUUUUCAAGUGAGGAAGAAUGAAUCUGAAGAACGUGAAAGUUCCAAAUGUUCCUGGUGGUGGUGCCUCUGCAUUGCUGAAGCUGGGGGUUAUUGGUGGGCUUGGCUUGUAUGCAGUUACUCACAGUCUCUACAAUGUUGAAGGAGGGCACCGCGCUAUUGUUUUCAACCGUCUUGUCGGUGUCAAAGACAAGGUCUAUCCUGAAGGGACGCACUUCAUACUUCCAUGGUUUGAGAGGCCGGUGAUCUAUGAUGUCCGUGCACGACCACACCUAGUGGAGAGUACAUCGGGGAGUCGUGAUCUCCAAAUGGUGAAAAUUGGACUUCGAGUCCUUACCCGUCCUUUGCCAAGCGAGUUACCCACGGUCUAUCGGUCCCUUGGAGAGAAUUAUAAUGAAAGGGUUUUACCUUCGAUUAUCCAUGAAACUUUGAAAGCUGUGGUUGCCCAGUACAAUGCCAGCCAGCUUAUUACUCAGCGAGAGGCUGUUAGUCGGGAAAUCCGGAAGAUUCUGACUGAGAGGGCAGCCAACUUCAAUAUUGCCCUUGACGAUGUGUCAAUUACUAGUCUCACAUUUGGCAGGGAGUUUACUGCUGCAAUUGAAGCCAAGCAGGUGGCUGCACAAGAAGCUGAGAGAGCUAAAUUUGUUGUUGAAAAAGCUGAGCAAGACAAGAGAAGUGCUAUCAUCAGAGCUCAGGGUGAGGCUCAAAGUGCCAUACUGAUUGGGCAAGCUAUCGCCAACAAUCCAGCUUUCAUCACACUGAGGAAGAUAGAAGCCGCAAGAGAUAUCGCACAUACUGUAGCAAAUUCAUCAAAUAAGGUUUACCUAAAUUCAGAUGAUCUGUUGCUGAAUCUCCAGGGGAUGGAUGUGGAACCCAAGAAAAAGUAAGCCGGUUAUUCUGUUUGCGAUACUCUUAUAGUUUUUAAAUAUGAAUAACGAUCAAUUUCAAGGUGUAAUUUUCUUGAAAAGUCUUAACAAGUCCUGAUAUAGGUGGCAUUAUCAGAUUUUUAGUACUAGAGGUAUUAUUUGCUAUUCAAACAAUUGCUUCACGUUACAUAAAAUGAAAUACCUUCAACUAUUGAGCCUGGAUGUUAUUAUACUGCCCCUCUUAAAACGGAUGGUUGAGUUUUA